AUUGGGAAACAGAGCUUGAAGUAGAAGGCAAUGUCUGGUGAAACUCCAGAAAGUGUUCUCUAGGCAAACUCCUGCACGUUUUCACCCACACUUGUAACCCGAACUGUACGUGGGAGUAGUGCCUUAGGCUCUCGCCCUGUAAGGUAAAGUCCCGGUCUGGAGGAGGAGGAGGUUGGGCAGGGCUGGGCACAGCUCAUGCAUUAUUCAGGGCCACAGACGCCUCUCCCUGUCCUGUGAGUUGACAUUUUCUUCUCUGGUUAGGGACACGGGCUGAGGAGCAGUAGCCACCCACACACCCGGCUGUGGAGGACAGGACCUCGGCUUGUCGGGUCACACAGGGGAGAGAACUUUCGGGCCGUGACGUCACAAUGCGCCUCAGCUUCUGCAGGGGAACGUUCACACCGUCUGCGUUGUAAGACUCCCGUGCCUCAGCUCCGCCCGCCCGCCGAGUGUGAGGUCUCCGCUUGUUUUCGGGUGACCCAUCUGUAAUCUUCCUCAAGGCUUCUUGUUACUUUGUUGUUGGUUCCACAAGGAUGAACCAGAAUCCAGGUCUCCCCCCGCCAGGGCAGCAGGUCAUCCAUGUCACCCAGGACCUGGACACAGACCUGGAGAACUUGUUUAACUCUGUCAUGAACCCCAAACCCAACUCCUGGAGGAAGAAGAUCCUACCAGAGUCCUUCUUCAAGGAGCCGGACUCGGGCUCCCACUCCAGGCAGUCCAGCACGGAUUCUGGCAGUCACCCCCCGAGGCUCGGGAUCCAGCACGUCCGGUCCCACUCGUCUCCUGCCUCCUUACAGCUCGGUGCUGGUACCGGUACCGUCCCCAGUGCUGCCCAGCAGCAUGCCCACCUCCGCCAGCAGUCCUAUGAUGUGACAGACGAGCUGCCCCUACCCCCCGGCUGGGAGAUGGCAUUCACCCACACUGGCCAGAGAUACUUCUUAAAUCACGUGGAGAAAAUUACAACAUGGCAAGAUCCCCGCAAGACAAUGACACAGCAAAUGUCUCAUAUGAACCACCAUCCGGUUACCACUUCUACCCCAAUAAGUCAAAGAUCACUGGCAAUGUCCCAACCCAACCUUGUACUGAAUCACCAGCAUCAGCAACAGAUGACUUCCAACCCAGCCUUAUCCCAGCAGACUCACCCCUCCCAGAGUCAUCAAGCUGCCUUAAUCAAUUUGCCCAAUGCGCUCACCACCCAACAACAGCAGCAACAAAAGCUCCGACUCCAGAGAAUCCAGAUGGAAAGAGAACGAAUCCGAAUGCGGCAAGAAGAACUGAUGAGACAGGUGAAGGCAUACAAUGAAGCUGCUUUAUGCCGACAACUUCCAAUGGAGUCUGAAACCAUUGCCCCUGUUCAGAACACAGUUAGCCCUCCAACAAUGAACCAAGACAUAAGAACCAUAACAAACAACGGUUCAGACCCUUUCCUCAGCAGUGGACCAUACCACUCCAGAGAACAAAGCACAGACAGCGGGCUUGGCCUGGGAUGUUAUAGCAUACCAACAACACCUGACGAUUUUCUUAGUAAUAUGGAUGAAAUGGAUACAGGUGAAAUUCUGGGACAACCUACCUUGAACCUGAAUCCACAGACACGCUUUCCAGACUUUCUUGAUGCCCUUCCGGGGACGAAUGUUGACCUAGGAACACUUGAGUCUGAAGAUUUGAUUCCAAGUCUGAAUGAUGUGGAAUGCGUGCUGAACAAAAAUGACACCUACCUCACCUGGCUGUAGAUGCUGGUGCUCGGGCUGACCUGUUCCUGUAUUCUUCCCUUUCCAAUAACCUAGCUUUAUGUUUUCCUCUUGUGGAAAGAUAUGAUGAGCCUCAUAAGAAGUUGUGCUGCCAGACUGCCUGCAGCUGUCUAUCAACAGAUCAAAGCUAUAUACUUCUGUAUGUAUAGAACAUUUUCAUUGUAUCACCACUAUGCAAGAGCUGUGAGAUUAUAUGCAACAAUCUGUGGCAUAUCUAUACGAGGCCAUCUUUAAGUUCUAGAGUCAGACCUGCACACGGGUUUACUUGUUUAGGAGACUAGGUUAUAAGUUACAAGCCAAUAAUCGUACACAACAUGUGCAGUAUACUUUAUUUAUAAAUGUAGAACCUAAUGCAUUUAACCGUUUUAAUAUAAGCUUUACAAAUCAUUGUAACAUUACAAAAAAUGUGCUGGAAAUAGAGUAACAAGUAGAUUUUUUAUGCCAAGCUACCUAGGAUGUUCUCUUUUUGUGUGUGUGUGAUUUUAUUUUAUUUUUUAUUUUUUUUGCAGAAGCACAAACAUUACGUUUAGAGUUUUUCUUCAGUAUAUUACUGUAUAGCUUUCAGAUGGGAAAAAAAAAAUUCUUCCAAGUAGCAUUAUGUUCUAUAAUCGUAAGACACUACAACAAUGACCAGUUUGGUACUAACUACCACCAUUGUUAUAAUUUUUAUUUUAUUUUAAUUUUUUUUUAACAAUGUGACUACAACCUUUUUUUUUUUUUUUACUGUUAUUUUUAAUGCAUAUUAGAUUUUAUUGUUUAUUGUGUUAAGCUCUAUUUUUUUUAAACUAAUUGUAACUGAUAAAUUCAGGCUUUUUAAAAAUACAAUGUAACAGUAUCUCUGAGAUUAUCAAAGGGAGUAUUUAAAAUACAAAAAAUGAGGUAUUGUCUCAAGUGGGUUACUGAAAAUAUCACAAAAUUGGGUAAUAAAAAAAAAAUCAAUUUUUAUAUGAUAUAUAUUUGAAACCCACCUUGUGCAUUGUUGUUUCUUAUACUGUUAUGAUAAAAAAAAAAAAAUUAUAUAUAUAUAUAUACUAUUUUUCUAUCCUGACCUUCCAACAGUGGAAUAUUAUUCAUUAGCUACAGUUGGAGAGCAGGGACUAUCUGCAAUAUAUUGUAUAUUACAGUGGAGAUGUGGGACUGAUUAAGCAUUGAAAGUACCGGUUAUACAGAAUAGUCACAAAUGCAGAUGACGUCCUAAAAAUCCAUAAUACUUUUUGAAUCAUUAUAAUAUUUAUAUCGAUAUACUAAACUUUAUUUGUAACUUUUUGAAUAAACCCAUUUUAAAGGCAUUAUUGAUCAAAGUCUCUUGUGUCCGCAAGAGAUACUCUUUGCACUUACAGCGGGUAUAUGGGCUUACUCCCUCUAUAGUGUCUUGCAGUACGCAUGCUCAGUUGCAGACCUGUUUAACUUUGGGCAGAUGAAGAAUGAUCCACAUUUUGAAGGUGCAGUUACUGGAAACUAGUGGCCUGCAGAGGGUUUUUUUUAACUUGGGUGGAGAGAGAACGAUAUAACUAUAUCUAAUAUUAACAUUUAAGGGUACUGUAGAUUUGUAUGAAAUAAUCUACCUUUACCGUAUUUGUAAUCAAUGUAAACACUGCAUUUUGCCAAGUUCAGAGAGGCUUAUCAUUUUACUGUAGUGGCAGUCAUAAUAAAGUAAAUGAAGUAUAAAAAUAAACUUAUUAAAAUUAACACAGUGUAUAAGUUUUGCCCAGAUUGGUCCUUCAGGCCAUGUUCACACACAGUUUUUUGGCCAUUUUUGAAGCCAUAUAAAAUUAUUACUUUUCUAUAUUUUAUUGCAGAUUUCCUUAACCUUUUUAAAGCCAUUUUUUCUGGCUAUUUUGUACCCAAAAAUAAAGUACAUACCAUUUAUUUAACGGUGUUGAAAUUACAUGAAUUUCACAUACAUUUUAUAAAUCGUGUGUACUCAUAGCUGAUUUUUUAUAGAUCUCCAUAUUAUUCACAGUAUUAGACAAAAAAGAUUAUUGAAUCAUAUAACGGCCGAUAUACCUGAAUUUUACAGUUAAAAUAAUGGAUGAUUGUACUUAAUGUGAACAUAGCCUUAAGCACAACCAAUUGACUAGAAACUAAUGGCAAGAGGAAGCCUAUGCCUUCACAACUACAUGAUAUUAUUUCAUAGGGGACAAUAGUUCCCAUGUCCAUGUUUAUGAUACCUAAAUUUUGCCAUUUGGGUCUCAAUAGUAUAAAGAUUUCGCCAUUGGGAAGUCACGGGCCAAUGGGUACAUUUUAAUUUCUACAUUAGGAAAUAUCACAGUAAAAAGAUAUUUAUCCAUUGCAUGAGUUAGAGUCAACGUUGUGUUUCAACCAAUGCUGGUAGUGAUUUGAAAGUGAAUACCGGUAGCUUAUGAUAUCAGAGGUAGAGUGUAGACUUGAGUACUAAGUAGCAGUCAGGAGAUAUAUAAAGUGUUGAUAUAAUGUAAGUUGCUUAUGGAAAGUGGAUAAUAGCCAUAGACUAGAGAAAGGAAUGACUUUGUGAUGUGUGAAAUAAAAUCCUGUCCAUUUAGAUAGCAUCAGUCAUUUACAAAAUAAACAUUUUGUAAUGAAACAUUUGAUACUAUGUUUUCUAACUUUAUUACGUUGCUUUAAAUAAGAAGUAUAGAGUUUUACAGUAUGCUGCAUGGAUUUUGAGCAGUCUAGUUUUUGGAGGUUGAAAUACUAAGGAGAUUUACUGAUGUCAGUACCACUGAAUUACAAGGGAGCUGAAGCAUUUAUAGGCAUGCAAUAUGAGAGGUCCGAAAAUAAGUCUGAGAUCAUUUACAGUAUGCUUGGCUCCGCUAUAAAUGCAGUUUGAUUUGUUUCCUGCUGUACACCAACAGAGACAGCCCUACCCUGACAACAAACAGAACAACACACACAUUCAACAACAACCAUAAAGAAGCUGAAUUGCAUAAAGAAUGGGGUAGUUGUAGGCAACACAUAAUAUGCCAAAUCAUAGUGUUAGUUCGGCAUUGCCAAAAGUACCAUGUAAAAUACAGCAGUAACUAAUAAAGCAAUUCACCUGUUAUCAACCAAAGUAUACAUGGUUUUAAUAUAAAAUAUAGCUAAUUUUUCCAUGUUUCUAAGACCUUAAAGGGAAUGUAUCGCUUAUAUUAAACACAGUGAAACAUUUUUUCUUUUAUAAUUUUCUCAGAUUUCAGUAAUAUUUUUUUGUACAUGAUUAUAAAGGCCACAUUCUAGCCCUAAAUUAUGUUAUUGACAUUCAGAGAUACUUGACCACAGCCACAUGGGCCCUAGGAAACAAUAGUCUCCAGAUGACUCAUUGACUUCUGUGGGAAAGAUUUCUAGGCAUGCCCUUUGACCCGUGCAUAGGUUUUUGAGCAAAGAUAAGUAGACGAGCAGUAAAAACAAACAAAAAACCUACUUUUAAACAAUAUGUCAUUUUCCAAUGAUACAUUACCUUUAAGAUCAUUCAUAUGUCCUACAGUGUUAUUAAUUGUUCCAAGCAGGUGGAAAAAUGGGGUAGUUUUACAUACAGAGAAGGUUGUUUUAAAGCUAUGUGCCCCCAUUCAUAUUUUAAGACAAGGUACCUCCUCCUUUAAAUAUGCUUUAUGGGGAACAUCAUUAGAUAUAUCUUGAAGGGGUUUCAUACCAAGACAGUGCCAAAUACAUUUACUUUAUUUUUAACCUUGGCCAAGAUGAUUAAAUCUCAUUGCAUGUUGCAGGGAGGGGGGGGUGGGGGCGGGAUACAUCAUUGUUUUUUUUUUUUUGUUAAUGUAAAUAUUCUAUUCCAAAUUUUUGCUUGGCUACAUUACAUCCAUUUACACUUGUGGAUGAAUCAGCAGUGUUAUGUUUACUUGGACCGCAGCAAGUAGGACUUCUCUGGCUACAGAAUGUGUUACGUAGAUGAUGUCAUUUCCCAAAUCCCAUCUCCUUCUUUAGCCCAGUGUUUCCCAACCAGUCUGCCUUCAGCUGUUGCAAAAUUACAAUUCCCAGAAUGCCAUGCUGGGAAUUGUACUGUUGCAGUAGCUGGAGGUACCUUGGUUGGGAGACUCUGCCUUAGCCCCUUUUGGUAGACCCACACACUUAUGAACAUGAGCUCAGAUAUAACCUUGUCUCUUCUGCCCAUGCAGUAUCUGAUCAUAGAGAGCACAAUGGGCCAUCACAUCCUUUUGCUGAUCCUUGAAAUCAUGACAUGAAGUAUUGUAAAAUUUUUGUGAUCAGCAUAAGGGAUUUGAUUACAAGGUUGAGCUAUGGUAACAAACCACUAGACAUCAGGGACUAGGACAGUAACCACUGGAAUUUUUAUAGGGGCCACUGGGAAGACCACCUGACAACCACUUAACUCUUCUGAGAUCAGCUAUUUGUGAUCUACUAGCUCAUAUAAUCUUCUUGUAAAGGGGCCCUUAGCUGUCUUCCUUUAGCUAACUACAUCUUUAAUGUACCAUAAAGAUAAGAACUGAUAGAUAUCUGGUUGUUGUUGGUUAAAGUACAUCCAAAAUAUAGCAUUACUGUUUCAAAGUCUGAGUGUGAUCAAAAAAGGAGCUAGGGAGUUGUAUUUGCCAUAAAGUUCUGUUUACCUGAUUGUUGUUGAUCCAGGGUCUUCAUCUUUAUUCUCUAAGGCAACGUCUAGUAGUAUGUAUAGGAAAAAAAGCACCUGCCAACUAUUGGUGACCACAGACAUUAGGUAUCAUGCCCAAAAAAAGUUUGUAACCAUUUUCUAUGGUAACAAAUCAGAUUUUCUCAGAGUUUAAAGUCUGAUCUAAUGUAAUGUGAUUGGUUCCUAUAGGAAACUAUUUCUAACAAUAGCUUUUAUGCAUGAGGCUCAGUGUGUCUUUUGUAUAAACAGUGGAGUCUCUCAUACAGGUUCUUGACACGGUGGCAGAGCUGUAUUUGCCAUUAUGACCCCUGGGCCUUUGCAUAGGGCAGCAGUGUUGAAGUGGGCAGCAUUUAAGUGAUGAAAGAAGUUAUGAAUACUAUUGAUGUAACUGCUUCCAUGCUAUAGCCUGGAGAACAAGAAAAUACAUUUUCCCUCUGGGUUAAUCCACAUGGGUCAGAAUUGCUGUGAAUUUUACCUGCAUAUUUGCAGCCGCAGUUGCUCAUAAUGUUGUGGAUUUGUGAUAGAUUUUACCACAUUCUGUAAAAAGGGGUUAAAUCUGCAGUGAUUUUGCUACAAAAUCUGCAUGUAAUUUUUAGGAUGCAUUUGUGUCAGAUCUGCAUGAAAAAAUGUUGACAAAAUGUAGAUACGGCCCUGUACCUGGGGUGAAGGAAUGCUCAGAAUUUACAGAUGGGAGAUCUGAAGGGUGACUGCACAGUAGCAGGGGGCAAAAUAUUUUAUCAGAAUUGCAUUACAUAAAAAGUGAUUUUACAUGCGGAGUUAAGCUUUAAAUAAUUGAAUGUGAAGUUACACAUUACAAACACUAUAGUCAAUAUUGUGUAGCCCUGUGCUGACCGGCACUACAUCAGUGCAAUGUUUUGUCGAGGUUUAAUUGUAUGAAAUUAUUUUUUAUUCUGUAACAUGUAAUUUUUAGACACUACAGUUAAGCUGAAUUGUUCUGUUAUUUGUGCAUUCUUCCUAUGUACAUUAUACUCAACUGAGAAGUUUGUUUAGCAUCUGCAUAUGAACAUUUGCUGCCUAUGAAGCCAAGGGCCGCUGGAUGAAACAAAUUGCUAAUACUCAUUGUAUUUCUUUCCUUUUUAUUAUACCAGUUUAUUUAAAUGAAUAUCCAGCUCUGCUUCUUUGUUUGGGCAACUAUGCAAUAAACC